AUGAGGCAUUGGGGCAUGUUUGUUUUGGUUAUUUUCAUUUUGUAUGAAAGCUUAGAAAAGGUUAAUGUUUCAGCACAGAGUGGGUUCAUCAAGAUCAGGGGAGUGCAGUUUACGCUGAAUGGUAGCCCUUACUAUGCGAAUGGUUUCAAUGCUUACUGGCUUAUGUCUGUAGCUUCUGAUCCGUCUCAGAGGAACAAAGUAUCGUCUACUUUCCAAGAAGCUGUUAGCAGUGGCCUUACUAUUUCAAGAACUUGGGCUUUCAGUGAUGGGGGAAAUCAGCCUCUGCAAUCUUCACCGGGUGUUUAUAAUGAACAGAUGUUUCAGGGUUUAGAUUUCGUAGUGAAUGAGGCUAGAAGACAGGGGAUCAAACUGAUAUUGAGCUUGGUGAAUAAUCACGGAGAUUUUGGAGGAAAGGCUCAGUAUGUGAAGUGGGCAAGAGAGAAGGGUCAGACCAUAUCAGCUGAUGAUGAUUUCUAUACCAACUCUGUGGUAAAGGAAUUCUACAAAAACCACGUAAAGACUAUUCUUUCAAGGCAGAAUAGCAUAAAUGGAAUAGAAUACAAGAGUGAUCCAACAAUUAUGGCUUGGGAGCUAAUCAACGAGCCUCGAUGUGCUUCAGAUUCAUCAGGAAAGACCAUGCAGGCUUGGAUCAAGGAGAUGGCUUCUUACUUGAAAUCAAUGGACAAGGAGCAUCUACUAGAAGUUGGUUUGGAAGGGUUUUACGGAGAGUCUGCACCUAAGGACAAACAAUUCAAUUUAAAUUUCAAACACGGAACAGAUUUCAUUUCACAUAAUCAAUUCCCCGAAAUUGAUUUCACCACCAUUCACUCAUAUCCUGAUCGUUACAAGCUGGUGCAGAUAAAGAUUCCCAGCUCUCAUUUACAAACAACUGGGAUCAGCUCUCACAUUCAAGAUUCACAAACAGUGCUAGGAAAGCCGAUGCUAGUUGCAGAGUUCGGGUGGAACAAGUCCAGAAUCGACACAAACACAAGGGACCAACUGAUAGGCACAGUAUAUUCAGGCAUUUACUCAUCAGCUAGGCGCGGUGGAGCAGCCGCUGGAGGCCUAAUCUGGCAACUCCUGGCCUCAGGACAGGACUCGUUUCGAGACGGCUAUGAGACAGUCCUAAGCCAGAGUCCCUCAACUGCUGGUGUGAUUGUUGGCCAAUCACGAUCACUCACUCAGCUUCGUCAGACGCUUGCUAGGCGAAGGAACAUUGAGAAGGGAAAAUGAAGACAUGGUGUUUAGUGUCCAGAA